AGAAGGGUAUGGAAAAGUGAAAGAGGAGACACACAUCUUGAGUCUCACAGGAACAUGGCACGGGUUCAGCAGAAAGAACAUUCUGAGUUUGAGUCUCUUAUUCCAACCAUGAUGGCUCCAGACAUUGACUGGUUGCACUGUCGGGCAAGCCUGUGUAAAGUUAACCUCUUCAGCAGUGAAAAACUGAAAAGUGACAAGGAGCGGAAACUGGUCUGCUUUGUGGAUGUCUCCAGCCUGAACGCAAAAGAGAGAGGUCAGAAUUCCAAGCCGUCUACUAGCGAGUCCAGUGACAUGGAACCUAUUGGUGGAUUUGAUCUGGAGGAGAAGGAGAUAGUUAUAAUAAAAGAUGAAAACAAAAAUUCAGCCAACACUGAAGGAGCUGUCUGCUUUUUCAAGCAAGGCCGCUGUGAGAAAGGCAAUGUGGUGAAUUGGCUGAGUUGUGACCUUCAGAAAUAUGCCGCUGGAUUCCAGCAUGCGCUAACCCCUGCGAAUUUCCCUCAAAAAUCCAACCCUUCUGAUUCAGCAGCAGAAACAGUAUCUCAGGACAGCAGUACUUCAACUUUCAACUGUUCUGGUGCCUAAAGAAGAGCCCUAGAUGAUCAUUCUGUCAAUAAGCUGUGUCUUCUAAACAGCCUGCAAAGAGAUCAAGGAAGAUCAUCAAUAAAUUUUUUUAAAAGUG